AUGUUUUCGCUGGAGGGCCUCGACCGCACGCUGUCGAUUCUGCUAUUCACGGACGUCACCAACAGCAAGGAAAUUCAAGAGAAGGUCAUCAAAGCGCAGAUCGAGCCGGAGUUUGCCUUUGUAAAUGCUGCGGCGGUGCUGGGCUUGCUACCGCUGCGGCUGGCGGCGCACAAGGCUGCGACCUACGAUCGUCGCGGCAGGCUGGUGUGCAAGAGCCUCCAUGCAGAGCUGGUGUUCAACCUGUCCGGCAGCAAACACGUGAGCGGCUGA